AUGGUGGCCAAAGGGAUGAUCGGGCAUGGCUUCAAACCUAGGAAGGGGCUUGGGAAAUCACUGCAAGGAAUAGCUGAGCCUAUCACCCUGACCUCCAGUGAAAAAUUCUUUGGGGUAGGCUUCCGACCCACUCCAGCUGAUGUGAUAUGGGCAGAUGAUAGAAAGAAUGAUGGUUGGGUUUUGCCUCAACCGGUGCCGCAUCUAUACAAAACAUUUGUCAAGCCCAAAUACAAUGAAGAAGAAGAGGAUGAGGUUUUUACAGCCGAAGAGAUUGAAGAGAUCUAUGAAGAGGUAAAUUCAGUCGAGGCAAUAUCCGAGGAUACUACCGCUUGGAAGAUGUUCUUUGAUGGAGCGGUAAAUGCAAAUGGUGUGGGAAUUGGGGCAGGCUUGAUCUCACCUACUGGACAGCAUUACCCAGCCACAGCCCGGCUUCGGUUUUUCUCCACAAACAACACUGCCGAAUUUGAAGCCUGCAUUAUGGGUAUAAACAUGGCAAUUGACCAGGACGUCGAAGAGUUGUUGAUCAUGGGGGACUCGAAUCUGAUUAUCCCGCAAGCUCAGGGAGAAUGGGAGAGCCGAGAUAUCAAGAUUAUCCCUUACAGGCAGCAUGUGGAAGAUCUUAGCAGGUGA